AUGCUGAAGUAUCUGGACUCCUUCCAGAUCGUUAUGGUUAUUUAUGUAACCUUGGGUGUAGGUGCCUUUUUCGGAUUCAUCAAGUUCUUCACAGAAGAAUCAAUGAAACGCGUUCGCCGCCUUUUAUUCAUGAUUCCAAUUGCAACAAUGCUCUUUUAUGAGGUAGCUACUACCCCAUUAAACAAAGAUAGUUGGAUGACAUUCCUCCAUGCUUUUAUUAUUCAGGUUUUCCUUCAUUUAAUCGCAUAUGUUUAUGCAAUAGUUUUCCGUUCAAACAAAUCCAUUAUGGAAAAGUUCAUUGAGGCAUCUAUUGCUUUCACUGAAUCCGAUUUCUUCUGGUAUGGCUAUCCAUUUUCACAGAUUUUAUUCACUCAAUCCUUCAACAACUAUUCUGGCUUAGCAAUGUUUGUCCAAACCCUUUGUGUUCACUCUAUCCACCAGAUUCUUGUAUUACUUUACAUCCCAGAUUCUGUUGAAUCGUUCAAUAAAAUGACAGAUCCACCUCCUGAUGAAGAGGUACCACUCGAACCAAAGGAGAACAAAGAGCAAGUCCAAGAAGAACCAGAAGAAGAUGCUAUGGAGCUCCAGGAUCAAAAAUCAGACUCACAAAAUGAAGAACCAGCUCAAGAGAAGAAAGAAGAGCCAAAAGAAGUUGAAAAGCAGAAGAAACUCGACAAGAUUGGUAAUCGUUCAGUAUCAGAUUCCCAUGAAGACUUACAAAGCUCCGAUAAACAAUCAGAUAACAAAGAUGAGAACUCAUCAAGCUCAACACCAGAAGUCAAAGUUGACGAAGGAAAGGAAGUUAUCAAGCCAGAAGACGUUGCAGAACCAGAGAAACCAGCUAAACGCGGUUAUUCCAAAUUAUUCUGGUUCAUUUACUCAUUUAUCAACCAGCACAACAUCGCAGCUAUUCUUGGUAUCUUCUGGAGUAUCGCUGUUAAGUAUACAAACGUUAAUAUGCCAGCAUUCUUAAAAUCAUUCUCAUUCGAUCUCGAAAAGGCCUCAAUUUGUGCUGGUCUUUUCUGCCAAGGCAUAUUCAUCGCUUACCAUCCAUUCAAAGGCUGCCCAAUCGUUGAUGUAAUUGCUUCAUGCAUUGUUCACUUCAUUGUCAAGCCAGUUCUGGCCAUGGCCUUCUGCUGGGCACUUUCCAUCGACCACACAGUUGCCAAAUUCCUCAUUCUCAUCAAUUUGGCUCCAACCGGACUUUACGCUUAUACUCUUUCAGACCAGGCUGGAUGGAAGACAUCAAUGAUCACAUACUCAAUGUAUUGGGGCAUGAUUUGUGUCCUCCCAGUUUAUAUGAUCUGGAUCGCUAUCAUUAAUGAGACAGGAAUGUUCCCAUAA